AACUGACGCAUUGCAUCGUAUUCGGUAUGGAUAGCUAGUGCAUAAACAACAAAAAUAUUCUCUUAGUGACGGUAGAUUUGUAGUGUAUUUUUCGCAAGUAUUAUUAUUAUUAAGUAGUGAGUAAUUUUCGAAAUUUUUACACAAACGUGUGAUACAAACAAAUCGUGACAAUAAGGGGGAUGAUUAUUGAAGGUUUGGAUAUUUCCUUCCCUUAAAAUGGUCGUGUUCCGUCUUGACUUCCGCAUGAUGGAGCUUUAAAUAUAAAAAUAGAAUUCAUCGCCUUUGUAUAAUAAACGUCACGUUCCUGUAGGGGUAUUGAAAGCUAAAUGUCAUCCAUAUACAAAAGGGAGAAUAAAAGGUUUAUAUAAAACAAAGGGAUGCGGUGGUGGUAGACUGCUCGACGCUUUUGUAAGACAGUGGCGCCUCCCCGACGUCGGACGGCACAAACUCGAAACGCGACCAGCAACAUGUAUUUAUAACGAUUACUCCUCUUGACCGAUAUUAACGUUUUUAUUUACCAAAAAUACAAAUAAAGUGAAAUGGGGGUGAUGAAUUAAAACUCCCUCAACAUGUCCAAUCCUCAAGGUAUUUCAAGAUAAUGAGUAACGAAAACGGACGAUUCCAAAAAACGGUCAAAUGCAGAGUUAAACUUUAUAAAGUAUCCAGUAUGCAACGGUGCCCUUACAUCCAUGAGAUGAAAGAGAGGCUCCUUGGGGAGCAGAUACCGAUGGAACCGUUAACAAAAAGCAUUCCACAACCACCACCGCCUCUUAGUACAAUGGACCAACAACCUGUCGGUACCGUAGUAAAGUUAAACUCCGAUGGGUACGGAUCACACACAUCACCCGCACAUAUCCGAAAUGAUCGUACACCUUUGGUGCCUCGAGAACCCGAAGAUGAAUAUCGUUGCAUCGAGAGGACGUUCUAUCCAAAAAAUGCGAAGACGUCACUCUUCAUUAUAAUGAGCUUCGUAUACGCGAAGCUCUUGAUAGUAGUUUGCAUAGCGUACGUAAUAUCCGAUGUAGUAACUCACAGCAUUCCAUUAUAUUAUUAUGAAGGUUUCUUCACGUAUUUGUACGGAAUGAGCAUAUUCUUCCUGCUGUACGUAUUCUGCUUCCUGUUGCAAGAGAGUACGUGCUGCUCAGGCGAGAAAAAGGAGAAAGUUAAAAAGAUAUCGAAGGAGAAAGUUAAGGAAAAAGAGAAGGAGAAAAAGAAGGAGGAGAAGCAGAAGAAAAAGGAGGAAAAGGAAAAAAAGAAGAAAGAAAUGGAGGAGAAAAAGAAAGAGAAAGAUAAGGAUAAAGAUAAAAAAAAGGAUAAAAAACAAGAGAAGAGGGAGGUGUUUCCCCGUAAGAUGAGGGAUGUGGUUCAACAGAGAUCGACAACGCCCAUCCCCCAGAGCACGUACCGUCGGAACUCCGAAGGGGUUGUUGACGUUGGGGUCUCAGGGGUUCCCGUCCCCGUCGCGGAGAUUGGCGCGCAACUCUCAUCUGACCCUCCUGUUAUCCAGCAGGAACAGCAACCUCCACCUCAACAGCAACCUCCGCCGCCACCUCCUCCCGCUGCCGAUAUUGAGGCCGGCCCUAUCGUCGCUAAAGUUACUCGCAAACGCAAAACCACGCAAAACGAUCAGAGUCACGGCAGUUUUUUCUUAAGAAUUGGUGCUAUCGCCUUUGGUCUGGGUACUAUGAUUUACAAUGGUUUGGAAUUUGGAACAUUUUUCGAAAUACCCUUUACGCCUCCUUGUUACAUGAUUCUUCGCGGUGUGAACCCCGUUUUGCAAAUGAUCUUUACCUUCAUGCAAAUGUACUUUAUCUUCAUGAACUCUCGACUAAACAUCCACAGAUUUAAAGUGAUAGCGCGGUUUGGGCUUAUGCACGUAGUCGCCACCAACAUUUGCGUUUGGAUCAGAACGGUGGUCAUCGAGUACUUAAAGGAAAUCACAAUCUACCAUAAGAAUAUGAACGCUACAGCAGUGCAAGAAGGAAUUUUAGCAGAAAGUGUUCGCUUGCAAACUAUUCGUAACGCAAAUGGUGUGCUUGGUACUCAUCUCGCUGUUCCCGACAUAAUUCCCACAACCAUUGUCGCUGCAUCGACCGCCGCGACAAUGUCUUCCAGUUCAUUUGUAAAGAAUUUAACAACCACGACGAUAAGCACUGUUUCAACAACUCUUCGUACGACUACAGCAAUGCCUACUAUCCCUACCACACUCAAGCGGAUAUUUACAACCACUGCCAAAACGUUACCUCCGGUGCUUUGGAAAAUGACUAAAACUAACAGUUCAGCUUUAGUUACAUCCACAACCGCGGCUAUUACUAACGCUACAGCUAGACCAUGGAAAUUCCCUACGACUCCAACUCCCACACCGUUUAAAAACCUAUUCGCUUACAAAAAUCCCAAUCACUACGACAGUAACGUGGUUAAUGUUGUAGAUGACGCGGCAAAUGUCAUCAAUGGGUCUAACGCCGUUGACGUGGGUUUUAUGCAGGCUUUGGUAUCCUAUUUCAAUGUUACCAACUCGACCGAGAACGCAACGGUCGAUCCUCUAAGUUGUGGCCGGGUGAAUAUAAUGGGCACGAUCGUACAGGAAUCGGCUCCGUAUCUGUUUCCAUUCAUUAUUGAAUACUCACUGAUUGGCGCUGCUGUAAUCUACGUAAUGUGGAAGCACAUAGGCAGAAAUCCUAGGUAUGUAACGGAAGAGGACUUGGAGCAUCGCUUGGAGGUGAUGCUGUCACGUAGAGCGGUUGCGAUGGCCCAUGCUCAACACGGCCGCGUGGAUUGCGUGGGAGCGUCCAAGGGUCUCUUUUUUGGUCUACUAAUGCUAGUCGCGUCUUUGAUAUGUUUAAUACUUUUCUUCGUAUUAAUCCGCCAUCCUGACUUGGAUCUCCUUGCCAUUUAUCUAGCGGACGUCUCCCACUGCGUCCUAAUGGUGCUGAGCAUCUUCGCGAUAUUCAUCGGGUUCAUCAGAACAAGUCUCAUGCCUUCGGACCUUAAUUCUAGGGUGCAGGCGCUUAAAUUCAAAGUCGAAGAGCAAAGCGAUCUCAAUGACAUCCUUUUACGCGUAUCUGCAUUUGGUUUGUUCCUGUAUGCAGUUUUUAGCGUAAUUGCUGGCUCACUAAAUGCGUUCACCAAACAGCCCAAUUUGCUCGUAAUGAUCACCGGAUUGCUCUCUAUAUUACAGGUAAUAUUGCAAUUGUUAUUCAUUGCUGACGUGUCACGUCGUCGCGUUCAUCUUCCUGAGCACGAUCGCUCAAAACCGGGACGUCAAAUAGUCACCUUUUUACUGAUUUGCAACGUUACAAUGUGGAUAAUAUACACGUUCGAAACCAAAAAGGUCGUAGAAAAUCCGGUUCAAUUAGAAUUUUAUGGGUUUUUGGCGUGGGCCAUCGUACAGCGUAUUACAUUACCGUUAUGCAUUUUUCACAGAUUUCAUUCCGCAGUUACAUUAGCCGAAAUUUGGAAGAUGAGCUAUAAAGCUCGACUGGAAUAGAUUCGCGCAAUAGUAAUAUUGUUAAAAAUUUGGCACAGAAAGAUAAGACUACACGUACACUUUUGUCCAUUGUUUUAACUUUACAAAUAUAAGUCUGAUAUUAUUGCUCAUUAGAAAUUCUACUUAAAACAUAUACAUACGCAUAUAUAUUUAUAUUGUUUUUGUUUAGAACAAAAUCGUUUAUUUAUUAUAACGCAUUUAAUCCUUAAGCUGCUAAUAACGAACGUUCCAAAUCAUAUAACCACUAAUUUAUGGUAUUAUUUCUAUCCAAAUGGCACAUAUUCGAGUUAAUUUUAUACCCUAACUUAGUGGUAUACUUCUGAAAAUGUUGGGCACACUUUCGCAUGUACUAAAACAUUAGGGAUUAAAUGAGAUGCAUAUCGAUUUCACAGUACGUAACGCGUUUAGCAACUCGAAAUUAACAAAAUUAGCGAUAACGGGCGACGAGAUUUGUGAUGACCGAAGUACAAAAAGACUCGUUCCUACCCCAUAAAGAGAUGAUGCCCAGUUUAUUUGUGCCAAAUCAAAAUUGACUCACAGGCGUACUAUGUAAUCGACUCACUGUACCAUUAUUGUAUAUUUUCUUGUAAAUAUUUUCACAUAUCGAUAUAAGAUUUAUAAAUAUAUGUACUAUUUAUUUUUGUUUUUAACAACAGAUAUCCACUGUUAGGAAUGUCACGCGCAAAAGUUGUAGCUUUAGAUUUCAAUUCAGAAUGUUUUUUACAUAAGAGUAUAAGUGAUUUACAUUUACAAUAAGAUUACCCAUCCAUAAAUGUUCAAGAGUAUAAAUUAGUCGAAACGUAUAGGUAUAUACAACCAUAAUCAUUGUUAAUUAAAUACAGUGUUUGAUAUAUGUGAGAUAGUGUAUAGUAGAUCGCUUUAUAAUUUCAGAGAGAUAUUUUUCGUCCAUGUCACCAGAUCACUUAACGACGCGCGUUUCUACCAUUUCAAAAUCAUCCAGCACAAAGUUUAAACACCACCACACACAUGGUAACAUGGACGCCAUCUACCAAUUUCUUUAUUUAACAACAAAGCUAUUGCUUUAAUGAAAUUUAUCACACACACACAUUUACGUAGUUGAAACAAUUUCCCAUUUCUACUUUUAUACUAUAGGAACUAAAGAUCAUUUAAAAUAGACCUUAGGUGUUGAAAUAACGUACUGGGUGUAAUAUAUGUGGACCAUUAAGUAAUAAACCAAUUACUUUUGGUACUUUUACAAAUUUAACAGAAUUUUGUAACUUAAGAUAUAAAUGCGUUGUGCAAAAACGCGCACAACGCAUUUUGUCAAAUAAAAAUUGUGAUUGCGUUACCAAAAGAUUAUUAUAACGUAAGCAUUGUAAGGUAUAAAUAAUUUUUUUGUGCAUUAUGUGUCUGUGGAUGUGUUAAAGUUUCUAUAAGAAAAAACAAAUAUGUCAUGUUGCAGAUUUAGAAAUCUGAUGGAGUCAUAUAGUCAUAUAUAUGUAUAUAUUUUAUUUAUUGAUUACCUUUGUAGUAUUCUGACAUUUUUUUUUAUAGAAUGAGGAAAACUAAACGUAUCUACGUAUUGCAUUGUAGUUUACAAAUUUAUGCUGAAAUGUCCAAAUAACAUUGAUAAUCUUUAACAUACCUACUUAUGUAGUAUGUGGGCUUAAAAAUCGUACUCAACACUGCCGUUUCUCUAAAUGUUAGACGUUUAUCUAAAAUAAUAAGAAAGUUCUUAAAAUAUUACUAUGACGUGUACCAUUAAUUUUUCGAGUAUUUUUCUGUAAACAUUUUUCUUAUAUUUGAUAUUUAAGCAAGUUAUGUGUACUAUUUCUGUAAUAAACGUAAUAAACGAGUAGUUAUACAAUAAAUAUUA